AUGGCUGAUCCUGGAAACAGAGGAGGGAUCUACUGCCCCUUGAGCCUCGCCUGCUCCCUGCUCAUUGUUGGAAUGUGCUGUGUGUCUCCUUUCUCCUGCCACAGCCAGAUAGACCUGCUGGCUCUUAACCAAGCUGAUCCUCAGUGCUGGGAGUCUUCCUCAAUUAUCCUCCUGGAAAUGCGGAAGCCUCGAAUUUCCAACACUGUGUCAGGUUUCUGGGAUUUCAUGAUCUACUUGAAGUCAUCUGGGAACUUGAAGCAUGGGGCACUGUUUUGGGAUCUGGCCCAACUCUUCUGGGACAUCUAUGUGGACUGUGUCUUAUCCAGGAACCAUGGCUUAGGAAGGAGGCAGUUGGCUGGAGAAGAAGAGAAGAUCUCAGCAGGGCAUCCACAGCACAUGAGGGAAAAACAAGGUGCAUAUUCUCAGCAACUCAGAAUCCCUUCCCUGAAGAAGAAAAAGGUGAUUGAAGAGUUGCUAAGUGUGCGCAUGCGCAGGAGUGGGGCUACGCUCUUUGGAAAAGCAAGCAGAGGCCCAGAAAUAAAGAGAAAAUAACUUCAGAGUUAACUCAAAUCUUGGAAUUUAAAAAGUGUCUAUUUUGUCUUGACUAUUGAUCAUUCAUUUACUUGGUGGGAAUGUCCAGAGAUAAAUGUUAAGCCUCAUCAGAGUGCUUAGGUUCAUUCUCUGAGGCUGCCAGCGCUCCUUCACACGUGGCGUUACCGCCAGAUCCUCCCACAGCCUGAAAGAGUUCAGAGAGCUCUCAAAGACCAGGGGGGGUUGCGGGGUACUCAGCUGU